AUGGACCAAAGAAAUUAUAGUUCUCUACAUGAUUUUAUUCUGCUUGGCUUCUCUGAUCACCCCACACUGGAGAUGGUCCUGUCAGGAGUUGUCACCAUAUUCUACUUAAUUACAUUGCUGGGUAACACAGCCAUCAUUCUUGCAACACUCCUGGAUUUCCGCCUGCACACACCUAUGUAUUUUUUCCUCAGGAAUUUAUCUUUCUUAGAUCUGUGUUUCACAACUAGCAUUGUACCUCAGAUGCUGGUUAACUUGUGGGGACCCAAUAAGACCAUCAGCUAUGUGGGGUGUGUCAUUCAACUCUAUGUCUAUAUGUGGUUGGGUUCCACUGAGUGUCUUCUCCUGGCUGUUAUGUCUUAUGAUCGUUUUACAGCUAUUUGUAAACCCUUGCAUUAUUUGGUAAUCAUGAACCCACAUCUAUGUCUAAAGAUGAUUAUCAUAGUUUGGGGUAUUUGUUUGGCUUGUUCUCUAGUAUUAUGUUCACUUACCCUGAAUUUGCCUAGAUGUGGAAACACAAUAUUGAAUCAUUUCUUGUGUGAGUUGCCAGCUAUGAUCAAGAUAGCUUGUGUAGACACCACAGCAGUUGAGAUGUCUGUUUUUGCUUUAGGCAUUGUCUUUGUCCUUACACCCCUCUUCCUUAUUCUUAUAUCUUAUGGUUACAUUGCCCGAGCUGUGCUGAGAAUGAAGUCAAAAGCAGGCCAACGGAAAGCAAUUAACACCUGUGGAUCUCACCUCACUGUGGUGUCCAUUUUCUAUGGAACUAUCAUCUACAUGUACCUGCGGCCAGGUAACAGUGCCUCCAAAGAUCAGGGCAAAUUCCUCACCCUCUUUUACACCAUCAUCACUCCAAGUCUCAACCCCCUCAUCUACACUUUGAGGAAUAAGGACAUGAAGGAUGCACUAAAAAAGCUCAUGAGAGUUGACUUUGAAUCUGCAAAAAUGAAGAGGAACUGGAAAUCAUAG